AUGGAGCUCAAGCCCUGGUAUCCAAGGGACUUUGGACAUGUCCUGAGCAACACCCUCUCUGAGGAAGAAGUGACCAUAGGUCUGAACAGACCAGGUUGCUCCCCGCGUUUUGUCUACGGGAUCUUGAUGCUUCCCACGAUUCUCAAGUAUUACAUUGAUAUGGAUCCAGCCGUCAAUAUCCACAAAAACAUGAUCCAGGCCACCCUCACUGGGUAUAAAUUACAUCAAUUCGCAGAAUCCGGCACACCAGUCAUCACGCCCUCGUCUGAUCCCCAAGCUACAGUCAAGGGGGUUCUCAUUUUCGGUCUAAACGAACACCAACGAAACUCAAUCUAUGAACUAGAAGCCGGUCUCAUGAAUCUAGUCAAUGUCCAGGUCGAAAUAUCCCAGAAAGACACCCGCAAUCUGCGAAGUAGACGAGUAGUAGAAGCUGGAGCAUUUGCCUGGCAAGGGCCAAAGGAGGGACUUACACCGAUGGGAACGACCACAUGGCCUGUAGAUGAGUUUCUGGCAGGUCCGUUUUACGAAAACAUCGUGCAUGCCCAGCAAAGAGCUUCCAUGGGGGGUUCUGCAGAGUCCGAAAGCACAUCUCGAGUGGUUCGUCUUUCUCAGCGACAGGGGAGCAUGUCGAGUUCUCCCAGUCGACGUUUUGAGUCUUCUCUGGACAGUAUCAAAGAGGAGAUUGAGGUGAUGAACAUCCAUGAUGAUAUUUAG